CAAAGUCAGCACGAGCAGGAACGGGAGCAAACCAAGUGCGCGGCCCGUGUGCUGGGCCCGGCCCCCCCCGCGGCACGGCGAUGGGCUGCGUGGGCCAGAAGGGCGGGGCAGAGCCUUCAGCGCAGGCCAGCCCGGCGGCGGCGCCUGGCGCCAGUAGCCAGCCGCCGCCGCUCGGGCUGUCCUGGGAGCUGCCCCUGAUCCCCGAGACGGGCCACGUGCAGGGGUGGCAGGACGACCAGAACUCGGUGUCCUCGUCCAAGCUAGGGUCCAUCGUGACGAAUGCGACGCCCACGUCCCUUCCCGCUUCCCACCUGGACUCCACCUCGGGCAACCCUUCCAUUAGACCCGACAUGGACAAGGAGAGCCUCUACGGCAGGUCCCUUGGCGGACUGUCGGUGACUGGGACCGAGGACACCAAGUCCCUGGCGGCCAGCGUGUGCGACAGCCGGCUGGACUCGCAGAAAUAUCUCCAGGACUUGGACCAGCUCAUAUGCCAGGACACCGAGAAUGACCAGGGCGACAGGAAAAAGCCUGGCGACGCCAGCUUUUCCACGGCCAGACAGCGGCGGGUGUAG